AUGGCAAGCAAUAAAAGAAAAAUACAAAUUUUGGAAAAUAGAGUAAUUCGCCCUGCAGUUAUUGACAGUGAUAGUGACAGCAGUGAAGAAAUAUUUUCCACUAAGAAAACUAAAAAGGAUUUGGAAACAAAUGUGCACGGAAAACAAAGCACAAGCGAAUGUAAAAAUAAACCUACACCACAGACAUCAAAAGGAUUGUCUUCGCCUAGCUCAUCGUCAUUGGAACGAUUUAGUAUGUAUAGCUCAAGAGGAUGCAGUCCUUCGCUAAACAAUAUAUCAGCUUCUAAGCUUAUGCACGGCAUUAAAAUAGAUGAAAGCGAAUAUCAUGACUUGAUAAAUCUAAGAAACGAUAAUAAAAAGAUAAAAAAGAAAAAUGAAAUAGAAAGGAAAGAUCCAAAGACAAAACUUACAUUCACUUAUUCUUUUGAAGACAGUAUGUCGCAAGGGUUAACUGAAAGUAAUGAAAAUUGUGUUUUUUAUGACGAAGAACGUAAUAAACAGUUUGAAGAAAAUGAAAGACAGAAAGAAACACUUAAUGACGAAGCAGAGAGAGAGAAAGAAAGAGAAAAUGUUGAUGUAGAAGAUGUAGAAGAGAGAGAGGAAGAAACAGGAAAUGCUGAAGAGGAAGAUGAAGAUGCAGAGAGAGAGGAAGAAACGGAAAAUACUGAGGAGGAAGAUGAAGAGCAGGAAAGUGGUGACACAGGCGAUGAUGAGAGUGAUGAAUAUUCUGCAAGUGAAGUUGUAUCGGAUAUAGAUAAUGAUGUUUCAGAGGAAGAGGAAGAUGCACAGGAUAAUAGUGUCAAUGAAUGGGAUGCUGUCACAGAUUUGACACCUGAGUUGGAUGCGUGUACUUUAAAUGAAAGCACUUUUAAUAUUCCUAUAGAAGAUAUAUCUCCUGCAGGGCUGGAGAACAAAUGUCGUGUAGUAAUUGCAGACAAUUUCUACUCUUCAAUUGAAUUGGCGGAAGAACUCUUAUCUCAAAAAACCCGUUAUUGCGGUACCCUAAAUUCGAAGCGAAGGGGGCUACCUAAGGAGAUAGUGUUACUAAAGUUGAAGAAGGGUGAAAUCAAAGGAGCUAUGAAUAAAAAUGGCGUUAAAGUUAUUAAAUGGGUUGACAAAAGGCAACUUCUAAUGAUAUCUACUCUCAAAGAGGACAAAGAUGUGCUUGUCAACACUGGCAAAAAAAAUAGGAAGACGAAUGAAGAUAUAAAAAAGCCUACAUGUGUCUUAACGUAUAAUAACAACAAAAAAGGAGUUGACUUCAGCGACCAAAUGUCUUCAUACUAUUCUACAUUAAAAAGAGGGCUCAAAUGGUUCAGAAAAGUGGGUAUGGAAUAUUUGUUAGGCAUGGCGUUAGUAAACGCGUGGAUCACAUACAACGUGAAAUGUGAUAAGAAGGUUUCAAAAAAAGAAUUUACAGAGGCAUUAAUGCAAUCAUUAACUGGAAAAAGUAUAUGCGCUGAUAGUAAGUAUAAUGACGUGUAA